AUGACGUUGACAUGUAGUCAUGAAGGUGGAAUAAUCAGUAAUAGUAGCGGUUCUUUGAAGCCGCAACCCACAGUUAAAAUGGGUUGUAGGGCUAGGAUAUCUGGGUCUUCCGAUACUUUUGGAAAUUGGAGAAUUAACGCAGUAAACCUCGACCAUAAUCAUGAAACAAGUCCUUCUAAAUCUAGGUUAUAUCGGUGCAACAGACACUUGAGUGUACAUGUGAAACGACAGCUUCAAGUGAAUGAUUUAGCGAGAAUCCCAUUGAAUAAAAGUUACAACUCUGUCGUUGUAGAAGCAGAUGGAUAUGAGAACAUGACAUGUAUUGAAAAAGAUUGUCGUAACUACAUAGAACAAUUAAGGUGUUUAAGACUUGGAGAAGGAGAUGCUGCAGCAAUUCAAACCUACUUUUCGAAAAUGCAAGCACGGAGCCCUGAAUUUUACUUUAGUAUGGAUUUGGAUGACAAGUCGCGACUCAGAAAUGACAUGGCUUCAAUGCAUGCACUAUCAUGCUCCACACGAUGGUGUCUGUGGUACAUUUUAAAGAAGUUGCCGGAGAAAUUUGGCUACCAUGUGGAUAAAGGUUCCAUAUUUGGGGCUAUACAUGGUUUGGUAUAUGAUUCACAGUCUACUGGGGAAUUCGAAGACGGUUGGAGAACAAUGAUUGACACAUAUGAGUUGCAUGAUAAUGAUUGGUUAUCUGGAUUGUACGAGAAUAGAGGGCGUUGGGUUCCAUGCUUCUUCAAAACCACUUUCUGGGCGGGUAUGUCAAAUACACAAAGAAGUGAAUGUAUGAAUGCAUUCUUCGACAGUUAUGUGCAUUCAAAAACCUUGUUGAAGUAG